AUGUCACUUGAAGGAGAGAACGACUUCACCGGUAAGCUUAGGCUACCGUUGCCACCGACUUUCUCAGGUAAACCUGCGGAAUGGGAAGAAUGGUCGUGGAAGUUUCGCGCGUACUUGUCGAUGUUUGAUGCACAGGCUGCAAGGUACUUGGAACAGCACGAGAAUGAUGAGGCACCGCUCACGGAUGAGGCACUUGAGGUGCACGUGCUUACAGAAGAAGGUGUUGCAGCACUUGAUCAGACCGCGACGGCAGGUAGAGUCACUUUCAGUCGGAAGUUGCAUUAUCUGCUUGCGAACUUGACGUCAGAGUCGGCAUUGCUUGUGGUUCGUCAGAACUACGACUCGAAUGGGUUUGAGACUUGGCGUCGACUUGUCAAGAAGUUUGCGUUGCCAGAUGCUGCGAGGCAUGUUUCACUUCUGACGCAGUUGCUUGACUUUCGGUUUGGGUCGCAUACGUUCGAGCAGGAUUUCAACACUUGGGAGACGAUCAAGACAAAGUAUGAGCGACAGACCGGCGCUGACUUGCCUGACAGCGUGCUUGUCGCUACGUUGUUGAAUAAGACUUCCGGUGCGCUCCAGCAGCACUUGAGGUUGAAUGCUCGGACCUUGACGACUUACGAAGACAUCAAAGCCACGAUAGUCGAGUACUAUCAGUCCAGGCACUUGAUCAUGAGCAACUCGUCUUCGUCGAAUCAAGGCCCAGCACCAAUGGACAUUGGAGGACUUAAAGGAAAGAAAGGCUUCGGCAAAAGACAUGUUUCGGCAAAUUGUCCACUUGGUCGUGUGAGUGCGGUUGAUGAGAAUGCCACUUUGGAUGGCUCGUUUGAAGAUUGGUCAGUCGAUGACACUUGGCAAGUUGGUGACUUUGAGGAAGAAUGGUGGAGCGAUGACUUAGUCGCAGCGGUAGGACUUGGUUGGAGUGAUGAGGAAUGGUGGCCUGCAUGGGACGAUGGUUGGUCGUCCACUUGGAGUGAUUGGAACGACGACACUUGGAGUGUCGUGUCGCCACCACCUGCUGUUGAGAAGGCUACUUCAGCCCCGCCAUCGCAUGCUGCGGAGCCGAAGGCAACUUCGGGUGCCCCAGUGAGUGCUGUCACUUUGGGAACGCCGCCUGCGAGACUUUCCUCCGCGGCGAAGCCCAAGGCGACACCCAAGGCUACUUCGAAGGCCUCUGGACUUGCCAUUGCGGCAAUUACACUUGGGAGCAUGUUUGCUGGUACGCAGUCGUGUUUCGUUUCGCCAACUUGUGAUGCAUCGCUUGAUUGCAUGUUGAGUGGAAGCAUUGUGUUUGAUGGCUUUGGUCGCUCACUUGGUGCACGAAGUGAUGUGGCCACUUGGCAGUUGUCCCCUGUGUGCGACUUGCCGUUGAAGAAUGAAGCGAAUCAAACUUCGCUCUCGAAUCCGACUUCGUUGUCCGAUUGGGGUUUGGAGCACUUGAGUUCCACCUUCUAUGACCCCUACUUGGCCGAGCAUGAGGUUGCUGUUGCAUCAGUUGAGACAGGACUUGAGACUUGGAUCCUGUUUGAUUCCGGUGCUGCAGCAAAUUGCUGUCCCCCGGACUUUGCUCCGGACUUCCCGUUGUUGAAACUUGAAGAACGAGCACCUCCGCUUAAGAGCAUUUCAGGCCAGACUUUGCAGAUCUAUGGUCGAAAGCUUGUUGCCUUUGAGUUGGAUGGUCAGCGACUUUGGUUGAACUUUUAUGUGUGCGAUGUACCGUACAGUGUGAUUUCAGUCGCUAGACUUUUGCAGCAAGGAUGCAAGGCAGUGUUGACAUCUGAGGGAUCUCAGCUUGAAGGUCCCACGGGUGCAACUUUUCCUGUCACAAGACAUGGUUCACUUCUGUUCUUGUGUCCGACGCUUGCUGAAUUUGAUCCGAAUGAGUAUGCAGACUUCAGCAAAGGAUUCCAUGAACAGUUCGCAGUGAGACCUCCUCCUGGACUUGUUGCGCCGACCCUUAAGCCCACGUACUACCACGCGGACAGUUGGGUACUUGAUGAGGCCAACGCAACCUUGACGAGGCUUCACAAGCGUGGUCGAGCAACUUUGUUUUCUCCCGAAGGAACCAAGGAUCGGCCGGUUGAGUUGAAAGACUUGACAGGUGAACGUGUGACAGUCAUGAACUUUGAAGACGGUUCGUCUAAAACCUUGAAUGAUGAUUGGCGAAAAAGUGAUGAUCCCCGAGCAAAGCAGGAUAAGUACUUCAAGGGCAAAACCGUCUUCAAACUUGCUUCGAAACCAACAGGUAGGAGACUUGUAGGCAAGCAGUCAACUUUGCCCCGUCCUGAAGUUCAUGUUGAAAUGCCACCGCCUGUCCCAAGUUCUAGGACUUCAACCCAGAAACUUAGUCCAGAAGUUGUCCUGCGAGAUCAUGGUGAAUAUGCUGAUACUUUCCGAAAGCGAGUGUUUGACUUGGUGGCGGAUGAAGCAGUUGAUCCCAUGAAAGGUCUUGAGAACUUUGUGAAGAGAUCACUUGAUGAUGUGGAUCCACAGACCAAUGAGGCCUACACCCACGACACUUGGGUGCAGUUGCCAACCAUGUGGAUUAGACUUCACCGUCAGCCACGAAAGAACUUGUUCGUGCCUUCAGAGCGUUCCGAAGGCGGUCCGAACUUGAGCGAGUUAAGCAAAGCACGGGUUACAAUACAACUUGACGAUCAUGGGAGCAUGAAGGUUGAUGAAGACGAUUGGACACUUGAAGGUGCAGAUCGUGACGUUGUUGAACCCUUUGCUUGUGGUGGUGCGACUUGCUUUGAGAAGCGUGACUUGUAUGUCAAGGAGAUUCCCGAGGUGGCCGAACCUGACUUGUUUGAGACAUCGGCCCGGCGACCGAGAGGACUUCCUGCGCCCUCGGAGCCGACGCUCACGGAGCGUAAAGAGCAUGAACUUACGCACCUGCCUUUUCGUUCUUGGUGCCCGAUUUGCGUCCGUGCAAAGAGCAAACAGAACCACAGCAGGACUUUGAAAACGAAGCAGCCGGUCGUUCAACUUGACUACUGCUUCCUUGGAGAUAAUCCUGAAGAGCCCCAGGUUACUCUCCUCACCGCUGUGGACUUGCUGUCGGGCAUGGGACUUUCGUGCGUUGUUCCAGCCAAAGGCCGCUCUGUCUAUGCUCAGGCAGAACUUCGGAGAUACAUCCUUGAAAUCGGGCGCACUUUUGGCAUCUUGCAAAUCGACCCCGAACCCUCACUUAAGGCUUUGGUUGCUGAGUUCACUUCGGAGGGUGUGAUAAAGAUCCGUUCACUUCGGCGUAGACCGCCGUCUGAGCAGCUCGACUUGGCACUUGUGCAGUCCCUGACGGCAACGCCCUGGGACCCUAGAGGCACAAAAGUUGAGACAGAUCACUUUGUCUUUCCACCGCAGCAGCCGAGACCUGGAGAGAACUUGGUUGAGCCACCAGACGAUCCGGAUGCCAUUCCGGAAAACUUAGGAAAUGCUGGUGACCUGGCGCAAGAACUUGAGCAAGACAUGUUGCGUGAGCUUCAGUCGACUUCGGAAACCCGCGCGGCCGCCGACUUGCCAGUGCCUGAGGGACCGAUGGAUGCUGAAGAACUUGCAGAGAGGCAGGACAAGCGCAGUCAUGAGGAACCUACUUCCUCCGCUGAAAGAGCUUCCUCUGAGCCUGCGACUUCGCGAAGGCGCGUAGGCGUCACGACGGAGCGCAAGCGCGACACUUCAGAGGUCCCUGAAGCAGCGACGAAAGUGCAGCGCAUUUCGUCACUUGUCCGCUCGCCUGACCAGCAGAUGCGAAUUUUCGACUUGAGAAUUUCUGCCGUCACCACGAAGCAGGAACUUGAGGCUGGGAUGUCCACUUGUAAACCGGCUCCGUCUCCUGGCACGGAUGCGUUGAAGAAGGUUUCCGAGACUGCGGAAGCACUUAAUCCUGAGGAGCAUAAACGGUAUCGCAAACUUGUCGGUCAGCUCUUGUGGAUGUGCAACUUGCGCAUGGACAUCAUGUAUGCCGUGAAAGAGUUGUCGCGUGGACUUGCGUCUCCUACGACGGAUCAUUGGGCAAAGUUAAAGCACUUGCUUCGGUAUCUUGCAGGUACCAAGGAGUAUGUCCAAGAACUUCGCCCGAACAUCCGGUUGUCUGAGAAGCAUUCCUCUCUUGAUGUUCACACUUACGUUGCUGCGCAGAAUUGGCGGUUGGUCCAACCUACUUUUCCAGCUGGUGAGACUUUGCUUGGCCUACGCGAUUUGGCGAUUGAAGAGGCGCAGCAUUGGACUUUGGAGAUGCAUCAGCGAGCCUUUGUCCAGGACACUUACGCCUCAUUUUCGACUUUCUCCAACUUUUGGCGACAUGAGGUCUUUAUGUCGAUACUUUUCAGUGGAUUGCAGAAGGAGAGACUUACAAUUCGGCAACUUCUGUUGAUUCCACGAGAUCCGAGAACCAACUUUCUGUUGGUGGUGCCGCUCUUGUUCGUGCUUUUUCCGGGACUUUAUCAUCCUGGUUCGAGGCAGUACCCAGGACUUUAUCAUUCAGUCCAUGGGCCUCCUUUGUACUUUACCUUCGAGCUGCAAUGGAUUACUUCAUUGGCAAUCGAGAUGCUGGGAGUCCACUUGUUUUCUCCUCAAGAAAUUAACUUCAUGCCGUGGACGUGUUACAUUGUGUUGCCGCGGUCGACUUGGGCAAGGCUUAUGCAGCGACUUGUGACACAAAGGGUGCUUGUCAUUACCCCAGCCGACUUGGUUUGGACUUCUGGGAUGUUGAAUGUAGGGUUCUCCCUACGAUCAACUUUACUAUUCACCAUAUUUAACUUUCAGUUUCAUCCUGGGAGAGCAGAGUAUCAAGAAUCAUUCGUUGCACUUGGCUUCAGUAUCUCUGGUCAAACUUUCGGUGCAAUGAUGUCUUCUGGAGGCAACAUAUGGAACAGACGAUACCGAGAUUACUUCAUCAAGCUGCCACUUCUGCAACUUUUCCACCCGGCGGAGAUCGCUACCCUGGUGUCGUUUACUUGCACAAACCAGGCACUUACUUUUGCAAGACUUGGGGAAAUGUACCACAACUUUAUCCAGGCGGAAACCCAUUUGUGGUUGGGCCACAUUCCACUUCACAAAGCGUGGCUGCGACCUGGAGAAGCUGAACUUGGUGACGACGAGACGGUUGAUCCUCACUUGGUUCGGAGGAUGAUGCAGUAUGACCUGCAUCGGCCCAAGCUUUGA